AUGGCAGCCCUCACAACCAUCUCACUGCCAUCGCUGCAAAAGAUCGCAUCCGGCAAAGUCCGCGAUCUCUUCACCCUCCCCGACCCCAAUGCCCUGCUGUUCGUCGCAUCAGACCGUCUCUCCGCCUUUGACGUCGUCAUGGCCAACGGCAUCCCCAACAAAGGCGCCAUCCUCACCCUCCUCUCAGCACACUGGUUCCGCGUCCUAUCCCAGCGCAUCCCCAGCCUCCGCACACACUUCAUCAGCCUAGACAUCCCAGCAGGUCUCACCGCCGAGGAAACCAGCGCCAUCAAGAACCGCAGCAUGCAGGUCCGUAAGCUGGAGGUGCUGAAGGUCGAGGCCAUUGUGCGCGGCUACAUCACAGGGAGCGCAUGGAAGGAGUACCAGGCCAAGGGGACGGUUCACGGGCUCGCCAUGCCUCAGGGGAUGCAGCUUUCUCAAAAGUUCCCCAAGGCAAUUUACACGCCGAGCACGAAGGCGGAUGCUGGUGCGCACGAUGAGAACAUUCACCCUGAUGAUGCGUGGAAGGAGAUUGGCGAUAAGGAGACUGCAAAGAAGGUGGAGGAGCUGGCGUUGACGAUUUAUAAUACGGCUGCGGCGUAUGCUGAGGAGCGUGGUAUUAUUAUUGCUGACACGAAGUUUGAGUUUGCGCGGGAUGCGGAUGGCAAUAUUUACCUCGUGGAUGAGGUGUUGACGCCGGACAGUUCGCGGUUCUGGCCGAAGGAUGCGUAUGAGCUUGGCAAGGAGCAGGAUAGCUUUGACAAGCAGUUUAUCAGAAAUUGGUUGAUCAAGGAAGGCUUGAAGGCCAAGGAGGGGGUCACGAUUCCUGACGAUAUCUGUGCGGCUACAGAGGAGAAGUACAAGGAGGUGUUUUAUUUAUUGACGGGAACCAAGUUCGAAGAUGCGGCUAAAAAUUAG